GAGACGUAGCGGUUGCAUCGCAGCAGUAGUGCGUGUUGCUCGCUCGCUUUGCACUAGCAGCAGCAAGAACAGUGACGACGCUAGCUGCUGCUGCGGACGUUGGGGGUGAUAAAUACGGGCAUUUUACUGGUGGCUGCACGGAUUGGUAGAUAGAGAGGAAGGAAGAAGAAGAAGUGUAGAGAGAGAGAGAGUGUGAGAGGGAGAGAGAUGAGGCAGACAAGGUUCAAGAGGAUCUGCGUGUUCUGCGGCAGCAGCCAGGGCAAGAAGAGGAGCUACCAUGACGCCGCCAUUGAGCUCGGCAACGAGCUGGUGGCGAGGAGCAUAGACCUGGUGUACGGCGGCGGCAGCAUCGGCCUCAUGGGGCUCGUCUCGCAGGCGGUGUUCGACGGCGGCCGCCACGUCAUUGGGGUCAUUCCCAAGACUCUCAUGACGCCAGAGAUAAGUGGUGAGACAGUGGGGGAGGUGAGGGCAGUUGCUGACAUGCACCAAAGGAAGGCAGAGAUGGCAAGGCAGUCUGAUGCAUUCAUAGCCCUACCUGGAGGGUAUGGGACUCUGGAGGAGCUGCUUGAAGUGAUUACAUGGGCACAGCUGGGCAUCCAUCAUAAGCCGGUUGGACUGCUCAACGUCGACGGGUACUACAACUCGCUGCUGACGUUCAUCGACAAGGCGGUGGAGGAAGGGUUCAUCAACACAAGCGCGCGGCGCAUCAUCGUGAUGGCGCCGACGGCCGAGGAGCUGAUGGAGAAGCUAGAGGAGUACGUGCCCUACCACGACAGGGUGGCGUCGAAGCUGAACUGGGAGAUAGGCCACCUAGGGUACUGACGCAUGCAGCAGCUGCAGGAAGCUUUGAGACCAGCCAUGGACGCAGCAAAGCAAGCAAGCAAGCUGCAUGGUUCAGAAAAGCUAGCUGGUUAGUGCAUGGUUCAGGAUCGAUCGAUGGACGAAAUGGAAGGGCUUGGUUGAUGCAGCAAGAAUGCGUGCGUGCGUUCGUGAGUUGUGCGUCCAUUUUGUAUAUGUUUGCUUCGAUCAGGAGGCAGCUUAAUUGCAUACUGUAGUAGCUUGGAUGCUUGUCCUCUCGAUCUCUCUACCUUUAGCUACUCGACAAGUAAUAGUAGUAGUAGUGGUAUUCAAGUAGCAUAUCUAUGUCAGUAAUUUUCAAGAUAUCCAGAUUCGAUUGACCACAGCAA